GGCGUCCCCCUCCGACCGCCAGUCUCGUUCGAUUUUCUUAGCGUGUGGACGUUCGUGUGUUGUGUGAGAAUAAUAAUAAUUCACCACGGUCUCAUCCUUUGUCUUCAAAAUACUGCCAAAAGAAACAAACCUUCUUCGCGAGAAUUACUUGUAACAGUUUGUUUAGCGUGCAUUCAUUUGUGACUGGCGGAAUUGACAGGUGUCCCGGGUCCCGUCGAACCGUGUAUCGUCGCAGAGUGCGUCGACUGUGGAGUGUAGUGUUCCCCGCAUCGUCGUUUGAGCAUGAAUAAUAAAGAAGCAGCCGGUGUAAGCGUCGCGUGUGGACCGUCAGCGAGCUGGUGAUAGGGCGCCGUGUCGUGGCCGUGUGAUGCGUCUGCGGUGACGGCUGGAUGGCGGCUGUAAGCGGCCCCGCGCGGCACUCUCGCGUCUCCAUGAGUGUGUCCAUGUCCCUGAUGCAGGGCGGUACGCAGAGCGCGCCGCAGGGCGCCAUCCUGGCGGCGGCGGCGCCCUACUACCAGGCGCCGGCGAUCCCGACCGACGUGCAGCCAGAUCGCCCCAUCGGCUACGGCGCCUUCGGGGUUGUAUGGGCAGUGACGGACCCGCGCGAUGGCCGCCGCGUGGCGCUAAAGAAGCUGCCCAACGUGUUCCAGUCGCUCGUCUCCUCCAAGCGCGUCUUCCGCGAGCUCAAGAUGCUGUGCUUCUUUAAACACGAGAAUGUGUUAUCGGCGUUAGACAUCCUCCAGCCGCCAAGCCUCGACUUCUUCCAAGAAAUUUACGUAAUAACCGAGCUGCUCCAGAGCGACCUGCACAAGAUCAUCGUGUCGCCGCAACACCUCUCCGCCGACCACAUCAAAGUCUUCCUCUACCAGAUACUCAGGGGUCUGAAGUACCUUCACUCAGCGCGGAUCCUGCAUCGAGACAUCAAGCCGGGCAACUUGUUGGUGAACAGCAACUGCGUGCUGAAGAUAUGCGACUUCGGGCUGGCGAGGGUCGAGGAGCCGGACGCGACUAAGAACAUGACCCAGGAAGUCGUCACGCAGUAUUACAGAGCGCCUGAAAUCCUAAUGGGCGCAAACCACUACACUGCGGCGGUGGACGUCUGGUCGGUGGGCUGCAUAUUCGGCGAGCUGCUCGGGAGGCGUAUUCUGUUCCAGGCGCAGACCCCCGUACAACAGCUGGAGUUAAUAACCGAGUUGCUGGGCACGCCGUCGCUGGAGGACAUGCGGUACGGGUGCGCCGGCGCGCGCGCGCACAUGCUCCGCCGCGCGCCGCGCCCGCCCGCGCUCGCCGCGCUCUACACGCUCUCCGUGCAGGCCACGCACGAGGCGGUGCACUUGUUGGCACAGAUGCUGGUGUUCGACCCGGCGAAGCGCAUCUCGGUGGUGGACGCGCUGGCGCACCCGUACCUGGAGGAGGGCCGCCUGCGCUACCACUCGUGCAUGUGCAAGUGCUGCUACAGCGCGCCGCCCGCCGCGCGCCACUACUCGCCCGACCUGGAGCCGGUGGCGCCGCACGCCUUCCACGACGGCUGGGAGCGCAAGCUCACCUCCGUGCACCAGGUCAAAGAGGAGAUCCACAAGUUCAUAGCGGAACAGUUGCAGACGUCGCGAGUGCCUCUGUGCAUCAACCCGCAGUCGGCCGCCUUCAAGAGCUUCGCAAGUUCCACCGUCGCCCACCCGUCCGAGUUGCCGCCGUCGCCGCACCAGUGGGAAUGACGCGAGACCAAGCGCGGCUUCGACAAGCGACGCGCCGUCUACGCCGAUACGCGAUAACCGACCUUAACGCCCACGCGUUUAGUACUCAUUCCCUCUGCGUCAUAUACACGUAGUUGACGAUACGAUGUAGAAGAAUCAUAACGUCAUCGCUUAUUGCAACAGAGGACCACACGAAAAGAAGCUGAUAUGCUAUAUUCGACUCUAUUACCAACACAGUUAAACUUGAUUUCCUUUGAAAAAAUAAUUGACAGAAUAAUGUGAUAAAUUAUACGUGGUGCGAAAACUACUUUAUUGCUGUCAAAGCUUGAUCAGAUAAUUAUUAUUGGACUACGAAUGUUGGCAUGUAAUGUAAAAAUUGAGAUCAAUUAGGAUAUUAUUAUUAUUCUGCCGCACAUAGAAUAUUGGAGUACUUUAAAAAUAUACGCGUUGAGGUAUAACGCUUGUGUAUCGAUGAAAAUAUAAAAUUAAUACAUUCUUGUGCGUGGCCAAUCAAUAGGUCGCAAACAAAAAAACUUUUAGUUAAUUUUAGUAGUUAAAUUUUGGUUUAUAUUAUAAGCAAAAACAGAACGAGAGUUGUCUGUGAAGGAUUAUUUUAAUUUUAACAUUGAGUUAGUCCACCGUUCGAACGAGUAUUAUGUUCAUUAAUUAUUAUUUUUAAACAAGUUAUUGAACAUCGUAUGGAAUGUUAUUUACCUAUAAUAACAAAAUCUUAAAAUAAAUCUAUUUUGAGAUUUGAAUCCAAACGUUUGGGCUAUACCUUAAUUGUCCAAUUUUCCUGUAUAACGGAAAACGACUUUGUGAUGAAUGAAACUGUAUAAUGUAAUGUACAUGUAUACAUAGAGCUGUAAGGACUUUCGGACACACGUAUUUUGCUUUAUUAUAUAAGUAUCUUGACAUACUUUGUAGGUUUAUAGGUACUAGAUAAGUCCACGGUCUGAAAAUAUGAGACCCUAAUAAAUGACCUUAACAAAUGGACUUAAUUAAAGGGCUACCAAAUAUUAUACUGUUUCAAACGUUAUUUUAGAUUAGUAUAAAUAGUAUACAUAGGGGAUUUGUAUAUAAAGUGUGACGAAAAAUGAAGAUAAGGGAUAGUUAAUGAUGGUAUGCGGUACGAACAAAGGCUAUUUUAAAUCUUUUAGUAAAUCCAACUUGAAGUGAAAAUGCAAUUUCUUUAGAAAUAUGAUGGAAGAUAAAUUAAAGUUUGGCGUAACUUUCUUAAAAAGUAAAUAAAAAGUAAAAAAAGGAUAAUGGUCGGCAUGGAUUUGAACAUUAACAGAGAGUUUGAGGUAAAUUGUGUGCGAUGUCCUAAAGGUUAGGCAUUUUAAAACUUUAGUGAAAUAUUUGAAAGUAGAAAAAUCAGAGUAUAUUUAAUUUUUCAGGGUGGAUAUAUUCUUAUUAGAGCGUCAGUCAUUGGUUUCUCAGUCCUGAUUGGUACUGCAAAUAUAUAUAAUUCAAUUCUAGACACUGUUUUCCUUAACAUCUUAAAUCAGGAGUGAAUCGGCACCUUUUUGGAAGCGUAUUGUAAGCUGUAUUCACUUACCAUAGUAUUACCAUGAGGCUUAUUUGCAGCCAAGCUCUAGCCUACAUUUUAUUAAAAAUAGAUAAGAAUUUAUUUAUUUUGUCAUCAUCCGUCACCCAUGAUGAUGAUAUUCAUCCUGAUAUUCAUUAAUUUAUAUUAAGGAUGAACUUCCGCAAAGUAACGCCUGCUUCUAUCCAAUAUUAUUAAAAAGUCCUAGUAUUGGAUUAAUCUACUUGAGCUAUUCCACCUUUAGCAUGUACCUGAUUGCAAUGAACCAAAUUUGCAGUAUAUUUUACCCAAAUUACCUUUUUAUAGAUAAGAUACAUGUAACCAAUAAUUUAUGGGUUUAAUAAAAAGAUACCGAUGUACAUUUUAGAGAUAAUGUCUGUCCAUCUUAAAUAAUAAUUCAACAUCAAAUAAUGUGCCCGUCAAUCAUUUCGGCAAGUUCUUUGUUCGACGUCCGUGCCGACCAUUCUAGAAAACUUUUAUUAAAAGUCAUACAACGAAAGAAGAAUCGCAGAUGUAGGGGACCGGGAUGAAAGUAAAUAUUGUUAGAGUUUGACUUUUAAGGCAUAUACACAUUGUGACACUCAUUUGUUUCGACGUCUCCGAUAUUACAACAACCUAAUGUUAGCAAGUUGUAGAUUCAUUAACACGCUAUUGAAUGCGGAAAAAUGCUUUAUAUUUUGACUAGUUUCCAAUUUGGCUAUAACCCACACUACCUUGUAAUUAUAAUAAUUGAAAAUUAAAGUUAUAUAAGAACAAACAGAGAAUCAUAGUGUAAACAUAGGUUUAUAAUAUGCAACUGGUUCGUUUAAAAGUGCUUGUAAACUAAUCCUGGUCCUGUUCAAUUUGGGUAUUUAUACUUGAUUGAUUUGACAGCAGUCGAUUGCCUUUAACAGCAGUCGGCAACAGUCGUCGACUGCUGUCGACUGCCGUUGACUGUCGUUGACUGCCGUCGACUGCCGUUGACUGUCGUUGACUGCCGUCGACUGCCGCCGAGACGUCGUCGACUGAUGUCGGCGGUAGCAGUUGCUGCUCGUGUAAAUGAACCCUUAAGAUCUGUUAAGUAUCCCGUUGUUCGAUCCUCAAUAGUGUUUAAAGUCGAAUAACCGUUUCUUUCGUUCUCUGGACUGCAUCGAACAAAUGAGUGUUGUAAUUAAAAAAAAAGUAAUAUGAUUGCUUAGUAGGGAUAGUGACAUAAAUAAAUAUUUGCGAUUCUGUAUGGUAUACGCGUGCGUGAAUAGGUUUCUGUGUGUGCCUGAUCGUAUGGACAUUGCCAGCAAUAAAUAUUGCAAUAUAAUUAAUUAAUAAUUAUAUAAAUAAUUCGUAAUCGUGUUAAAUUCAUUUUUUUAAUUGAUUAAUUCGAUAUUGGAAAUAUAUUAUUAUUAAUAAUAAUAAUAAUAAUUGUUAAAUUUAUUAAUUGCCACGUUGGGUAACUUUGAUUUGCAGUGUUGAAAAUGGCAACUAAAACGAAUAGCUUAAUUUUUGAUUUAUCGUGUAUUGUGACAACAAUAAUAAAUAUUUUACAGUUAAUUACACUGAUAAAUACAAAGUUACCCAACCUGAUGUUUUAUAUACCAUGAUAUUUUUCAUUAGUUCUGAAUAAACCUAUGACAUAACUUGACUAGGUUGGUCAUUAAUAAAAAAUAUCAUAGUAUUGACAACUAUUUACUAUAUUAAAUAGAAUUAAUUGAAUUUUUGUGUUCUGUUAUAAAGCGGCGUACAGACAAUGGUUUCGUACUUAAGCGGACGACACACAAGAAUCUCGACGCCCCUGCGUCUGUACGCUCCUCUAUAUUUAUGUAUUAUAGUUGAAACUAACUCUUAAACACCAUUGUAUGUAACAUCGACUGAACAUUUUUACGUAGCUAGGUUUAGGACAUUAGAAUUUAUUACAUACACAAGGAAAUAGUGAGCAAAAAUAUAUAAAUAUGCGUCGUAGUUGUAUAUUAUUAUGUAUAGUGAGGUAAAUUUUAACUGAAUACAUAUUAAAUUCAAGCAUUUAUAGUAUAUAUUGUACUAGAGGAUAUAUACCGGUGUGUUAUUAUCUGAUCAAAUGCGAAGCCCCUUUUGAUAUUCAAUCGUUAUCAUAUAUAUACAGAAUGUAUACUUCUCGGAAGUAAAUAAUGAUACAAAUACGUAUUUUUUAACAUUUUCAUAUGCUCAAAUAAUUUAUUAUAAUAUAUUUAUUAUUCUAUAGCCAAUUCACAAAACCGUGUCCUCAACUGCGUCGUGUAGAGGUAUGAGAGAAGCGAGAAGUAUAUUCUUCAUUCAUUCAAUCACGUGUUCGCUAUAGCUUGGCAACUUCGUUGAUGACACUCCCGUGAUAUGCGGGCGACGGGAGGGGAAGGACUGCGCAGGUAUGAAAUCACGCGCGCGGUGAAUCGUUACCCUCUCCCGACCCUCGCGGACCAUCGCUUCUCCCUUACGGCCCCCGCGGACCAUCGGGAGUGUUACGUACGAAUUGCCAAGCUUUAGUUGUCCGCCUUUUAAUCUCUCAUUCCCUUCUGACGUCAUACCCUGCACCUCUGUACUGUGCAGUUGAGGGGCAAACUAAGAAACUGAGUACUCAACUGCGUGACGCAGAUGAAUGAAGACAGAAAGAGGGGAGAUACAUUCUUCGUUCAUUCAAAAACCAGGCUGACCAGUUUUCUGUUUGUUCCUCUUGCUCCCUUGUGUUGGCUGGUGGGAGGUUUCGGCCGUGGCUUGCUACCACCCUACCGGCAAAGACUGCCAAGCGAUUUAGCGUUCCGGUAUGAUGUCGUGUAUCAGAAGGCUUCGCUCUAUAAUUAUCAUAAUUAUAAAACAAUUUAAUAAAUCGUUAUUCUGUAAACAAUUACAUAAUGUUAUUGAAUUUGGCAAAAGGGACUUCGUACUUGACGAUAUAGUGUGUGUGAUUUUAUGAGAAUAUUGAGAAAUUAUAAUAAUAUGUUCGAGAUAAAGUUAAUCAUGUGAUUCGUUAGUUAUCGAUCAUUCGACAUUAGGUAACUAACGAAUUAAAUAAUUUUUCGAUCGAUUUGUAACCAAUUAUUUUUUUUUUAAUUAAUGUCUCCUUUUUUUAACGUAGGAAUCUGUAUCCACGCUGCUCACUUGUUAUAGUUUAGGUGAAACUUUGUGUGCGUGUCAAGAGACGUAGCCUUAAAACUAGUUCAAAGCUAUAUAAAAAAAAUUAAAUGUGUAAAUAUAUAAGGGCGUAGUUUUAGUUAGGACUCUAGUAUUAUAAAUAAUAUGCCGUUGAAAUAUCCGCACGAUUAGAAAUGCGAGUUCGAUGUACCGUGACAAGGGGAUAUGAACUUUAUACAGUUUGACGGAGAGUCGCAUUUGGAUUGCUCUGCAUAUACGUAAGUAAUACGACCAUGUGAUGGUACAGACGAAUACGUUUGAUGGUACAAAGGAAGCGAGUGCGUACGCUUUUCUUACAGAAUGCCCAAAAUUUUUGUACAGUGAUGUUUAUUUUUUUUGUGAUAGGCAGUUUUGUACAGUCCUCUUUAACUUACUCGCACAGUACGAUGCAAACUUUAAAGAUUUAGGAUAUCAACGGAACGAAGCAGCGAGGCGGUAGGGCAGCAUCCGUCUUGACUUUAUACAACACUGGCAGCUAAUUUUCGAGACGUCAUAAAGUUGUAUCCGACUCACAUACUAUGUUUCAAUGUUUUUGGACAUUUAUUUAAUUAAUCCAAUAAUUAAUAAUGUAUUGUGUGCAUUUUAUAUGAAGUGCGUACGCGCUCGCGACUUACCCACCUUGCCUUAACUCAGAUAACUGACACUGUGAUCCGUUAGACCUUAAUUAAUUGUUAUUGGAGUCCAUCGCACCCCCCACGUGACUAUGUGCGUAAUUCCUUAAGGCUCAGCAAAUUGUGAAGGAAACUGCGCUAGCAUGCUCUGACACAUUGCUCAGGCUAGCACACGCUGAAUAAUACAGUCAAUAAAUUAGGGUAAGGCUGCCUUAAGUGGCGUACCUCGGCAAUAUCUCAAGUAUUUCUUAAGAUACAUUUACCGUACUUUAUUGACAAUAUUAUGCGUGUGACCUGUGAAAUUUAUCUAUGGAUAAAUUAAAUAUAAUCCUGUAUUUUUAGAGUCGUUCAGCGAAAUUAGAAUUCUAUUUCAUGGAGACAAGGACUACUUUUGUAUAAACUGUACCUCAAUAAUGAUCGAGCACGCAAGCGCAGUCUCUUCGUACGCUGAUCCGUAUUAGUUGUAUACGUUAGCUUAGAAUGAGCGUAAAGUGAAUGUCCUAUGGAAUAAGGAUCCUGAUUACAUCUGCGCGCGUGAUCCGCUUUUUGGCAUCCAUUUUGACACAAUAUCUUACAAGAACUACUUAAUAACGUUUCAAAAUGGCGUCAAAACGACGAGCGAUCGAAUGCUAAACGAAUAAAGCGCUUCGAUAUCAGGUAACUUUUUGAAUUAUACAAAGCUUUGCAGUCUAGGCGAUCUGCAGAGGUGUGCACUGCAUAAAUGCAUUGCAGCACUGCGUACCCUGAAUGAUUAAAUUUAAAAAUCAAUAUCAGGGUAGGUCUUCCUGUUUUGUACUAUUUCUUUGUGUUCAGGUCACAACACCGUGCACGCCGCUGGCGAUCUGUAAUAUACGUGGAGAACUAUAAAAGGACCCAAGGCUUGUCCAUUGUACAUAAUUAUUACGUAGUGUCGAUCAUUGGCUUUAACGUCGCAUAUACUGCCCCGCGACCGUUCGCGCUCCUUUACUAUGUAAUUGUACGUAUUUGCGUUUCCAGACUUUCAGAGAUCUCGUAUGUUUUAAGUUUUACUUUCACGAUUGAUUCAUUUAGCGUUACACAAGUGAUCUUUAGUUGGUAAGGUGUCGUUUCUGAUUUUGGAUUUCCUUUUAAAUUUAAGGUCAGUUUAGGGCUUGUAGGGGUAACGGCACGCUUGUCUGCCUUCGGAGGCAACUAGUUUUUAGAGGCCUGGAAAAGUUGCGAUUGGCGGAUUCGAUUGUUACUGUCGUAGAAUGUCUCUGUGUCUUUACGUUUGAAAAUACGCCAUUAACAUCAGGUGAGAUUGCAUUCAAAGGCUAUCUUGUCAUUAAAAAGUAUGUUUAUAAUCAAAAAAAAUUCAGGUUUAUAAAAAUAUUCCUGUUCUCUCUAUAUUUAGAGUAUUGCGUAUUAUUAAUUGGCCAAUGUCAUGCCACUAUAUUUUAGCGUGAUGAUAGUAAUAAUCGAAUCCUACAAUCCGCAAUUCGCGCGUGUUCUUAAGAUUUUGGUUUACUUUGUAAAUAUUAGAGGAAUGUGAUAAGACUUUAUAAUUUUCACUAUAGUUAAUCUAUAAGCCACUGUCCCAUUGUUUGUGUUCUAUAUUUACUACUAUUUACUUAUAAACAAAAUGCAAAAAAAAACCAUGAAGAUGUGAAGGUUGAGACGUUCUCUCGUAAGACAUAAGACAAUUUACUUUUAAUUUUAUUUUACCAGUCGUAUUGUAAAUAGUAGGUAUUUUGUGCACUGAUAUCUGAUAGUCGUUUUUAAGUUACUAUUAAUUAAACUUAGGUAUUAAAACCCAAUGGCUGUAUUCAUUAUUGUAACGCCCGAAAUAUGUUCACUAUAAGACUAAAGGUAGGGAGAUAUCUUCGACGACUACGGUACGAACGCAUUGACAACACCUCACUAAGCCGCUCUAUACUUGUUUUGAAUCUCUAUGUACGCAUGAAAAUUCUGUUUAGUUGCUUACGAAAUUAGCAAAAUAGACAUACACAUGCGAAUUAAAAAGUGUUUGUUUUUUAUUGUAUAAACUUUAAAAAAUAUUUUCUUGUACCCUUGUAAUUUAAGGUAAUAAUAUACAUUCAAUUAUCUUUUCAUCAGACCAUCGAUAUAGUUAUUUCUUUACGUUAAAAUUCUAACAAAGUACGUAAAUCUUAUUUACAUAAAUAAUGGAAGCAUAAGGUAAACAAUCUAAUACUGUAACUAACGCUUAGUAUUUUAGUACGCAUUAACAAGAAAAGAUAAUUCAACUUCCCUUUACUAUGUAUUGGGUUAAAACUAGAAUUUAUUUAUUUGCUCAUUAUAUUUAUGUACUUAUUCAUAUAUAAUUAGAAAUACGCCACCAAUUCCCGACAAAUCACACAGAUUGGUGUCUGGUAAGGUGUUGCCAAUGUGUUACCAGCAUUAAGGUCUUAUAGGGUUACUAACCGACCCUGUUAUAGUCAAUUGCCAGAAAAUUCUAUGACCUUGGUUCUGCCACCUAAUUAAUGAUUAUCACCUUCGGUUAGUAACUGUUGUGACCGUAUACUGUGUAUAGUUUUAGUUUCGUCAUGGUGUAUUUUUUUUUUUUUUGAUAUUGGGUUGUAACUGAAACGGGCGACUGUAAAUAUAUUUGAUACGUGUUUCUGUCUCGUGCGGAGUUAGUUGCAUUUUACCAUUGUUGCGAACUGCCAAAACUAAUGUAAUAAUUUUGUAGCGUCAACGCGGCCACACGGAUAAUAUGCAAUCUGUCGGUAGGAAGUACUCGACCCUCGACCGAAAUGUUUGCUAUGAGAAGAUACAACGUUCUCGCGAGUUCUUCGGGUUUCUUUAAACUAUGUACAGGCUUCUGGGGUUGAUUUUUUAGAAUAUGGGUUUCUAGAUUAAGUCUACUCGUACUUGCGUUUUUAUAUUGCGGUAUUCGGUUCUUGGCGCCUUUGUCCUACUCAAGGAGAUUACCACUUUUAAAACUCGUUAUCAUCAAUUGAAGUUAGACUAUUGUACUACAAAAUUUGCGAGACGGAAUCUGAGUGCCUAUAUGCACAAUAUAAUAUUUAUUGCCUCCACAAAAUCUGGGUACCUAUAACUUAACCGGCAGCUUAACCUCCAAAACGAAACAUUUAUACUUUUAAAUUUGGCGCCAGAAUUGAGUACAAUAAUAGAACUGGCCCAGUUUUGUCACAAGUAAAUCCUAUUGGAAUUGAAAAACAAGUCCAUAAAAUAGUAACAACAUUUCACUCCUUAUAUUCUUAAUUCUGAUUGUAAUGACUUCGGUAGUUCGAACGUUAAAGAGAUAGGAUAAAAUGUGCAAGCUCGUAUUCUGCCGUAGAAGCCAGUAUAUUCGUUGACUUAAUUUAUCUAAAAAAAUGCCUCUUACGUGCAAUCCUUAUUAAGCGAACUGCUGAAACUUUUGGUCGAGCAGAGGGUAUUUUGAAAAUUUCGAUAGUAUUGUAAAUGUAAAAGUUUGACAUGAUGUAAUUGUAUAGUAAUCUAGCAUAGUUGUUUGUAUAAUUGUCUAGAUCACUCUUGUUUAUCGUUAUUAUGGAUUUCGAUGCUGACGAGAUCGCAGUUUAUUGUGAGGAUAUUUUCCUUUUUAUUUUAGAUGGCUAUGGCUUGGGAUGACCGUUUAUAUUGUGUUAUGGCUUUUAAGAAUUUCACAUGAAAGGAAUUUGCUAAUAUGUAAAUGAUUUUUAAAAUGCCGUAAUUUCUUUGUGAACUCAUGAUUUAUAUUUUUCCACCAUCAAUUCCUCUCUCGAUCUCGGCACAAAAUACCAAUCAUUGCAUCAAGUUGAAGUAUAAUCACAUGAUAUCCCAAUAUUGUGUUUAGUGCGUCAUGUGCGAUAUAAUAUUUGUUUGGUAAACAAAAUUAGGCAAAGUUCGAUCAGUAGAUUAAUUUAGGUCUAAGUAUCAUAAUGUAAACGGUCAUACCAAUAUUUGAAACUGUAAAUAUGUUCUCUCCUGAAGUAAAAAUUACAUUAUUUUGAAUUUAAUUUGUCUGGUCCCGCGAUAGACUGUGACUUUGUCUGCGUCGAGACAGUUUGUAGUUAUCUGUGUAGUCGAUAGUGUAGCCCCGGCUUAGAGCUGUACCAUCCGGGCUCGACACUUUAACAAUAAAACUACUGCAUAAUUAUA